UACUACGAAAUGUCCUACGGUUUGAACAUUGAAAUGCACAAACAGACAGAAAUUGCUAAAAGACUGAAUACAAUUUUAGCCCAGAUCAUGCCUUUUCUGUCACAAGAGCACCAACAGCAAGUGGCACAGGCUGUUGAACGUGCCAAGCAAGUGACAAUGACGGAGUUGAAUGCUAUCAUCGGGGUACGUGGACUUCCCAAUCUGCCUCUCACCGUGUGUAUACCCCUUUUAUUCCUAUCAUUUACCAUAACCAGAGGCAAUCCUGCGCUCAGGAGGGAUAAAGCAGGGCAGCUCACACCCCCCCCAGCCAUCCCAUGGCCCCCCCAAAUGACCAAAACUCCCCCACCUCUGCCCCGACAUCUCCUGACAGAGCGAGACUCAAGUGCAAAUAAUUCCGUGUCGCCCUCGGAGAGCCUGAGAGCCAGCGAGAAGCACCGGAGCUCCACGGAUUACAGCAUCGACUCCAAGAAGCGGAAAGCGGAGGAGAAGGACAGCAUGAGCCGAUAUGACAGCGAUGGUGACAAGAGCGAUGACCUGGUGGUCGACGUCUCCAACGAGGAUCCCGCCACCCCCCGGGUCAGCCCGGCCCACUCGCCCCCGGAGAACGGCCUGGACAAAGCCCGCGGGCUGAAGAAGGGGGACGCUCCCAACAGCCCGGCCUCGGUCGCCUCCUCCAGCAGCACUCCCUCCUCCAAGACUAAAGACCUGGGCCACGUUGGUUUUGACCCACACCCACCCAUGCGAGCCCCCGGCCUGCCCUCCAGCCUGGCCUCCAUCCCCGGGGGGAAACCAGCCUACUCGUUCCACGUGAGCGCCGACGGGCAGAUGCAGCCGGUGCCGUUCCCGCACGACGCGCUGGCGGGGCCCGGCAUCCCCCGGCACGCGCGGCAGAUCAACACGCUGAGCCACGGCGAGGUGGUGUGCGCCGUCACCAUCAGCAACCCCACCCGGCACGUCUACACCGGCGGCAAGGGCUGCGUCAAGAUCUGGGACAUCAGCCAGCCCGGCAGCAAGAGCCCCAUCUCCCAGCUCGACUGCCUGAACAGGGAUAACUACAUCCGCUCCUGCAAGCUGCUCCCUGACGGCCGCACGCUGAUCGUGGGGGCAAGCCCAGUGCACUUCAUGCUGCAGCUCCUCAGCAAAGGAUGUUCCUGGAUGGAUUUCCAGCGUUCCCUGUGCAGAUUUCCGUAUUUUUUUCUGGUUCACAGGCAAUUCCAAGGCCACACAGACGGUGCCAGCUGCAUAGACAUCUCCCACGAUGGUACGAAGUUGUGGACGGGGGGCCUGGACAACACGGUGCGUUCCUGGGACCUGCGGGAAGGGCGGCAGCUCCAGCAGCACGACUUCACCUCCCAGAUCUUCUCCCUGGGGUACUGCCCGACGGGCGAGUGGCUGGCAGUGGGCAUGGAGAGCAGCAAUGUGGAGGUGCUGCACCACACCAAGCCCGACAAGUACCAGCUGCACCUCCACGAGAGCUGUGUCCUCUCCCUCAAGUUCGCCUACUGCGGGAAAUGGUUUGUGAGCACUGGGAAAGACAACCUGCUCAACGCCUGGAGGACGCCCUACGGAGCGAGCAUCUUCCAGUCCAAGGAAUCCUCGUCCGUCUUAAGUUGUGACAUUUCAGCGGAUGACAAGUACAUCGUCACGGGCUCUGGUGACAAGAAGGCCACAGUCUACGAGGUCAUCUACUGAGCGUGGAGUUUCUGGGAGGGCUGGCAGCUCCCGGCCCCGCAGGACUCGGGAAGCAGCGGGGGAUGCCACGGGGUGGCCCAGGGACCGUGCCCGCUCCGAGGGGGCUCUGCCCGGCG